GGCCGCCGGCCGCGGCGCACACAGCCGUGUUCGCUGGGAUCCAGUCUAUGGAGUCAGUUGGCGCGGCCGGAGGCUCGGAGGCAGGAGGCGGUGUCCCAGUGGGGGCCUGGGCCCCGCUAGGAUGUUUCCGGGCUUGGCCGCCGCCGUCGCGGCGCACAGGUGCAGCCGGGCGGCGCUGGGCAGGCUCGGUGGCGGCCGGGCGGCGGCCCGUGGCCGCAGCCAGGGAUGGAAGAAUUUAAUGACAUUUGGGAGCAUUACAUACAUGGUUCCCAACAGUCACCCACAUAUUUCUAUUUCAAAGCGAGUCAAGUUGUACUCUACGGAUGUCCAGAAAGGAGGGCAGGGCUCUCAGACUCCAAGAGCGGAAAAAGUCCUGCCACUUAAAGAAAUAGCAGAAAAUAUAGGCGCAGAACUCAAAGCUCCACUUAAGCAAGAUCCUCUUCAAGUAAGAGUCAAAGCAGUCCUUAAGAAGAGGGAGUAUGGAUCAAAAUACACUCAGAAUAAUUUCAUCACUGGAGUAAGAGCAAUAAAUGAGUUCUGUCUUAAAUCUAGUGAUUUAGAACAGCUUCGAAAAAUCAGACGACGAAGUCCCCAUGAUGAUACUGAGUCCUUCACUGUAUUCUUGAGAUCAGAUGUGGAAGCAAAAGCGUUGGAAGUUUGGGGAAGCCUUGAAGCUCUCGCCAGGGAGAAAAAAUUGCGUAAAGAAGCAGAAAUAGAAUACAGAGAACGGCUGUUUAGAAACCAAAGAAUAUUAAGGGAAUAUGGUGAUUUCUUGGGAUACACAAAGCCACGCUCCAGGACGGUGUCAGUGUUCCUUAAGGGACCAGGAAAGGUGGUGAUGGUUGCUAUCUGCAUUAAUGGCUUGAACUGCUUCUUUAAGUUUCUUGCCUGGAUUUAUACGGGUUCAGCAAGUAUGUUCUCAGAGGCUAUACACUCAUUAUCUGAUACUUGUAACCAGGGUUUGCUAGCACUGGGCAUCAGCAAGUCUGUGCAAACACCAGAUCCUUCUCACCCGUAUGGCUUUUCAAAUAUGCGCUACAUUUCUUCAUUGAUUAGUGGUGUUGGUAUUUUCAUGAUGGGCGCAGGACUCUCUUGGUACCAUGGAAUCAUGGGAUUGCUUCAUCCUGAACCAAUGGAAUCCCUUCUAUGGGCAUACUAUAUUUUAGCAGGAUCUUUGGUAUCUGAAGGAGCAACACUUCUUGUUGCCAUAAAUGAACUCCGCAGGAAGGCUCAGGCCAAGGGAACAACAUUUUAUAAAUAUGUCAUGGAAAGUCGUGAUCCAAGUACAAAUGUUAUACUAUUGGAGGAUACUGCAGCUGUCUUAGGAGUGAUAAUAGCGGCUACCUGCAUGGGCCUUACCUCUAUAACAGGCAAUCCAUUGUAUGACAGCCUGGGUUCCUUGAGUGUGGGCACCUUACUAGGUGUGGUCUCGGCAUUCCUCAUCUACACUAACACAGAGGCACUCCUAGGACGCUCCAUACAACCAGAUCAAGUACAGCGGCUUACUGAACUCCUGGAGAGCGACCCAUCAGUAAGGGCAAUUCAUGAUGUGAAAGCCACAGAUCUGGGAUUAGGAAAAGUCAGAUUUAAGGCUGAAGUUGAUUUUGAUGGACGAGUUGUUACACGAUCAUAUUUGGAAAAGCAAGAUUUUGACCACAUGCUGCAAGAAAUUCAAGAAGUGAAAACUCCUGAACAGUUAGAAGCCUUUAUGCUUAAACAUGGAGAAAACAUUAUUGAUACUCUAGGAGCUGAAGUAGACAGGCUUGAGAAGGAGCUGAAAAAAAGAAAUCCUGAAGUUCGGCACGUAGAUCUGGAGAUACUAUAGAUGGUGAAUGAGUCCCUUGGGGCGUGGAGAUGUCGUCUUCCCCACUGAAAGGGAAUCAGUGCCGUCCAGAAGCCGUGCUUCUCAAGAUGGAUGGGAUAUUUCGUGUGCAGAACAGUUGAACAGGCCACAGAACUAAAAUUCCUUUCGUCCAAUCAUGUCUUCGUGCUUCUUGUAGGGACAUUGGCUGCUUAGAUCACCUACCGUUUCUCAUGUUAGACAGUCUGUAUUGAACCGUGAAAUCAUGCUUCCUUUCUUAACAUGGUACAGUGUGUACCCAUGGACUUGGAACCACUGAAGACUUUAGUCCACCGAAGGCUAAUCUUGAGGAUUCUGGCUAAACUUUGUUGUGUGGUUUUUAAACAGUCACUGUGUUUUGAAGGUCUGUCUUUCCUGCCCAGUUGAGAAAGACUUUCUGUAUACUUUGUGGUUUUGACCCGAACAGAGAGGCACACUUUCCUAACUCCUUAUCUACAGAUGUUCAUUCCAGAAAAGGCGCAGUUACUGAAUGGGGUGAAGACAUUUCAGCACCUUUUACAUCAUAGUAGUUGCCAUUUUGUAAAAUUUCUUCUUUCUCCUUUUUUCCUUAUUUGGUUUAAUUUUUGUAAUGUUAAAGACAUAAUUCUAGAUAUAUAUGACUUUUUUUUUUUUUUUAAUUGGCUUCUGUGCCAUAGUGUUUAUUUACUGGGAAAUAAUGCAUUUGUAAAUGUUUUAACAUUCUGUAAAAUGAACUAGAAAUAUUUAUAGCUUUACAGGCAGGACACAUUGUGUUUUAAUUUAUUUAAAAGAAGGCACUACUUAUGUAAAUUUGAGCUGUGGGGUACUUUUGCUUUGAGAGAAAAGUAAACCUCUUACACUGAAACUUGUGGUUUUGUGUGCUGUCAGAGCCAACAGUGCGUCUAAAUUAUUGCCAUUCAAGUGGGCAUUUAGCAUAGCAUAUUGGCUGUAACACAUUAUGUAAGCAAAUAGUUCUCAAUAGCUCUAAGGUCUCAAGGGGAAAACCAUUCAGUUUAGUAACUGGAAACUCAGUGCAAAGCCGCAGCUGGCUCUGCCCAAUCGGCUCUGGAGGUGUGUGGGAGCAGUGAGUAUCGUUCACAGGAGCAGAAGCUGCCAUGCUGAUGAGAGAGCUAGGUGCCCAGCAUUCACACCCCUGUGAGCUCAGGGUCUCCAGACUUCCUGAGAUCAAAGUUUGUGAAUUACAGAAAACUGUAAUGUAGAAACAAAAACUAAAUAUCUGAUUAAAGGAUUUGUUAUGGUAGUUUUUGAUCCAGAAAUGACACUUGGUGGAAAAUUGUGAGAAUUUAUGAUGGGCCUUUGUAGCCGUGGGAAGCAUGCUUGUUAUCCUUUUGUUUUUGUUCUUGAGAUAGGGUCUUUGGAGGUCAAGCUGGCCUGGAACUCACCUCAUACAGCCUAGGCUCUCUGAAGAUAGGAAAUUGGCGUCAGUGGAAUAGUUGCCACCAAACCUGCCAACCUCAUUUGAUCUCCAGGACCCACAUGUGGAUACAGAAAACCGACUACCCCACUUGUGUGCCAUAAUAUGUUCCUUUCCCCCCAAAUAUAAUAAAAUGUGUUUAUUUAUCUUAAGAAA